AUACGGAGAAACGGAAGGCCCAACGACUGCAGAGAGAGACUACAUUUUCAGGCUUUGCCGUGUGCUUGCUGUAUAGAAAGGACCAGGCUGGGCGUCACCUCACAGUGGCUGGAUGUAAUUCGAGCCCCGCGGUAAUUACAAAGCACACAGAGGGAAAAUCUUUUACUGACAUUUGUAAUUAAGGGCCCGUCUAUAAACGGCAACUGGGGAAAGGGCGAGGUCUCUGCGGAGUUGGACGAGCAGGCCACAAGCCCUCCCGGACCGGAGAAGGAGGCCUCCCCCUCGAGGGGAAUCCACUGCGCCCAAUCCCCGGCGGACGCCCGCUGCACCAGAGGCCAUGGACCACCAAGGCGGACACUACCUGAACAAGGCGGCGGUGCUCUCCCCGCUGGGCGCCGCCCGCAUGUGCCAGCUGUUCCUGGGCUGCAGCAUCAUGGCGCUGGUGUCCCACGGCGCGGGCUACAGCGCCAGCUACGGCGUCUUCUGCAUGUUCGUGUGGUGCUUCUGCUUCGCCGUCACCCUGGUGGCGUUCGCCCUGGACGUCACCCGGCUGCACAGCUGCAUGCCCAUCUCCUGGGACAACUUCACCGUGGCCUUCGCCAUGCUGGCCACGCUCAUGUACAUCACCGCCACCGUGGUCUACCCCGUGUACUUCCUGGAGAGCGAGUGCCCGGACGGGGACUGCGCCGCCUGGGGUUACCGCAUCGCCGUCACGGUGUGCUCAGGUCUCUGCUGCUUCCCGUACGGCGCCGAGGUCAUCCUAACCCGGGCCAAGCCCGGCGCCGUGGUGGGCUACAUGGCCACGGUGUCGGGCCUGCUGAAGGUGGUGCAGGGCUACGUGGCGUGCAUCAUCUUCGGCGCGCUGGCCAACGACGAGGGCUACACCGAGUACGAGGCCACGCAGUACUGCGUGGUGGUGUACAGCCUGUGCUUCACCCUGACCCUGGUGGUGGUGGCGCUGACGGUGUCCGGGAGGACGGCCGCCCUGCCCUUCCCCUUCGACCGCUUCGUGGUGGUCUACACCUUCUUCGCCGUCAUCCUGUACCUGAGCACGGCGCUCAUCUGGCCCAUCUUCAGCUUCGACCAGAAGUAUGGCACCAGUGCCCGGCCCGAGGACUGCCCGCGGGGGGUCUGCCCCUGGGACAGCAAGCUGGUGGUGGCCGUGUUCACCAACGUCAACAUGCUGCUGUACUUUGUGGACCUGGUGUACUCGCAGAGGAUACGCUUUGUGUCCCACUCUGCGGUCUGAGGAGCCGUGCGGGGAGACCGCUCGCUCGGGGGUGGGGUUCCUCGACCUCAGAAGAAGAAGAGGAAGAAGAAGAAGAAGAAGUGGAAGGAGUAGAUACACCGAGCAGACUCACGGGCAGACGCGGGGUGAUCCCUAGGCAGAUCAAGUCGCUGCAAGGAUCCCCUAUCACCUUAGAAAGACAACCCUGCAGCACUUUGUGCGUGAUGCUCUUUAUUCCUAUUUCCAAGUGUUCCACGUCAUUGUUCGAAUUAUUAUUAAAGGUGUGUAGGUAUGAUUUAAGAGUUGUAAAGAGAGAGAGAGAGCAGAAAAGAGCAGAAAGAGCAAGAUUGUGAAACAAAACAACUCUCUGCUUCCUCCCUCACUACUUCCUCUGCCAUUGAGGAGCGUUGCAUUCACGCACCUCUGAUUGACAAACAAGACAGAGAAGAGAGGCCUUGAUUGGUGGGACUCGUCUAAAAUCUCAGUGGGCUCAAUCAGAGGCAGACGCAUUCAACUCUUAACAGAUAUCAUCACUUCACAGAGCAUUUCACUCAUUAAUGACUGACCUGGGGCUGCGUCUUUCAAAUAAUAGUUCUUACAUCUUACCUACAGCACCUUUAAAGGUAUACUCUGCCUACUAGCUAUAACAGUGUCAUAUGGGACCGCCUGCUGUGGGACUUUCCCCAAGUCCUGCAGUGUCCUUGGAAGGCCUGACAGGUGUAGGGUCUAGCUGAUCUGGGACUUGUCCACAGAGGGCAGUGAGGAUUAUCACCCUCAGCAUCCACCGCCACUCUUGUCACACAGACUCAAGAUGCUCUCAAACAUAGACUUUUUUUCUCUCUCUCUCUCUCUCUCUCUCUCUCUCUCUCUCUCUCUCUCUCUCUCUCUCUCUCUCUCUCUCUCUCUCUCUCUCUCUCUCUCUGGACGGCUUUGUUACAGAUAGACUUAAUUGUAUUGCAUCUUGUAGGGUCUUGAAGGGUAUAUUAUUUAUAUUAUAAGCAGGACAUUAUGGAAGAUAUAACUAGGCCAAUGGUUGAAUUGUUCUAUAUUAUUGGUGACAUUGUAUUUGGCUACCAGACAAAUUAUUUUCUGUUGCGUUCACUGUCUAUUUAAAUGUUCGUUAUUUUUUAUUUUUACUUUACCGUGACAAUAAGAUACAGCUUGAAUGACUGAAAAUAAAUAAUAAAACGCAUUUAAUUGUUCAUGAUGUUAU